UCGAGGCUGUUGCAGACAAGAAAUCAGCCACGGAGUCCGGCUUGAUAAUCCCUCCGCUUUCCCCAGCAGACCGCAUACAGUUGGAGAGUCUACUGAAGCCGUUCGUGAUAGGACAGAGCUACGAGCGCCCUUCGAAUUACAGCAACAGGCUGAGUGCGAUGGGGGGAAGAAACAGUUACAAGCUUGGCUCCAUAGAGCGCAUUCGACAAGGCUUGAAGGCCCGUACUUUCCGAGUCCAAGACAUAGUGCGCAUCUUCUCGAGAAUGCUGCUAGAGACCUCGGGUCCAGAUGCCCUAAAUCACUACACGGAAACGACUAUCGAACAGGCGAUGCGUGACGGGUUUUAUU